GAGGCAGGUGCAGUUCUUUUUUGAAGUUAGUGGUUUCGCUGAGGGGAAAGGGAUUUCCUCCGCAGCCGCUCUUCAGUCUUCUCCUUCACAUUACGAGUUAACAGAGACCGCGUGUUUCCGGAAAAACAGCAGGUCAGCUGACCGAGGCGGCACGCGGAAACCGUAAACCAGAGAGCGCCAGAAAGAACUCCAAAGUUUUCCCCUUCAAACCAAACGCGACCGUUUCACGCGAACGUGUGAUUCGUGGGACCACCUGUGACACUUUAUUUUGAAAACCCCCCCUGUCUCUCUCCCGUCCCCCCGCCCAGGAGAAAGUCAUGCUUCACACAGAGUCGCUGGUGUCUUUGAAUGGAACUCAGCUAUCAUACAUGGGACAUGAUGCAAAAGAGAUCCCACACUUCCUCGGAGACACGUACGGCCAGUUCGCCAAACGCCUGGAUCUGAGUUUCAAUCAGUUGAGGUCACUGGCAGGCCUCAAAAUGUUCACUGAGCUGGAAGAACUGGUCGUGGAUAACAAUCUGCUUGGAAAUGACCUCCAGUUGCCCAGGUUACCCAACCUUCACACCCUCACACUUAAUAAGAACCAACUGACUGAUAUCGAAGCCCUGCUGGAACACUUGGCUGAUGUGACCCCGUCUCUCAAGUACCUUAGCCUGCUGGGGAACGAGGCCUGCCCUAACCAGCUGGUUAGCCCGGAUAAGGAUGAGGACGACUACCAGAGAUACAGGUACUUUGUUCUUUACAAGUUGCCCCAGUUGAAGUUUUUGGACACCAGGAAAGUAACUAAAACGGAACUGAUGGAGGCACGAGCGAGGGGGGCGUUCAUGAAAGUGGUCAAGCCCAAAUCAGAAGCUGUUCCUAAUGAGGCGGGAUCUGAGAGCCGCUCAUUGCCCUACACCCCUCUACCCCGAGGGUCCAGAGAUGCCAAGAAUCACAAAGGUGUGUUUGCCAAGUGCCGCUACAUCUACUAUGGAAAGCACUCAGAGGGCAAUAGAUUCAUCCGAAAUGACCAGCUUUGACCGACAUCCGCGGCGCUUAAACGAUGACGGAUGAUCAUGGAAGAACCCACGGAUGCACUGCUCUAAUUUAUUGUAACCACAAAUGAUUUGUAAACCUCCUGCUAGGCGAAAUGAUUUCACUGUCUCCAAUAGAAGAGUGGUAUUGGUAUGUAUUACAAUGUUCCAGCCUGGGUUCUACAGCGCCCUGUGUCGAGCUACUCCCUGCUUGCCACUCACAGUCAGACAUGACACUCCCACUGACAUGAUUGCCUCUAAGCAUCAGCCGCCACACAACCGCAGACACACAACUCACACAACAAGCAAGGACAGUGUCUACCUCCUGUCUCUCAUUGUCUCACAGUCAGUCAGCGACAAACAGACCCAGCCAAUUGCUUCCUUUUCUUUGACAGCCAUGAUGGAUCACUUGUCCACUACCACCUCUAAUCAAGGGUGAAAGGGGUGGCGGUCACACACCUGGGCCCUGACACGGACUCAUCUACUUUAUUCAUCCCCUCUCCUUCCUUCUCUCCCACACACACAUACACACAUUAAGCUGCUGAUUAAAAGCUGAUGUUUAACCCCUUCAUGCUGUAUGUUGCUAAUUUGUAGCAUAAUAUUAAAUCCAAGUCUUCAUUUAAUUUAGCAUUACCUUAAACAGAAAAAAAUUAAAAAUGUUUUUUUUUAUCCAACUGGAAAUUAAUCAACCACUUUCUUUGUAUAGCACCUUUCAUUGUAUAUGUGUAGAGAACAAUGCCUUAACAAUAAAAGAAAAAGAUAUAUAUAAAAAAAAACAGGUUAAAACUGUGAGAAGUUGCAUCUAAAAAAAGUGAUUGUACACAAAAAGUAAAAGGAUUAUUGUAAAUAUGAACUCAAUGAAGAGUUAAUGGUUAAAAAUAAGAACAUAUUAACCCAUACAUACAUAUCUACAUACAUCUAUAAUGUGGUAAGUUUAAAAGUGAAAAUAUGCUAAAUGAAGUAAAAUAAAUAAAAAUCCCUAAAAUAAAUAAAGUAAUGAAACAAAUAAGUCAAAAAGACAUGUUUUAAAUUUGCAUUUAAAAAUAUCCAACGAUGCACAAACUCUCAGAUAAGUUAUUUCAGACGUGAGAUCCAAGCAACUGAAAAGAAGCUUCACCAUAACAGCAGGUAUGGAUAAAAGAGCAGUACCUGAGGAUUGUUGGGUGGUUUAUGCGGUUUAAAAAGAUAAGAAGGACAGAGUCCAUUAAGGCAUUUAAAAACCAAAGGGGGUAUUAUAAAAUCAUAAAGUCAGUCAUGAAGGGGUUAAGACAGAAAUUAUCAGAAAAAGGGUUGAUUGAUUCAUUUUUGUUAAAUGUAUUAACAAAAAAAGUAUUAAAAACGUACGCGGUUUGAACGUACCUACCAAAGUUAAGCAGCAACGUGAACCACAUACUGUUGUAGGAAACUGACAUCAAAAGUCAUUUCAGGCAUCAUAAAAGGAAACAAAUGUAAUUUUCAUCAGUCUACACCUCAAUUGGGAAGAAAUCUGAAUGGUGUAAUUUGAUGGUUAAAUGUGCCAAAAAAGAUAGAAGACUAUAUUAUUCCUUAUUAUAAAGAUAAAUCUGUUUGAAUCAGUCAAAUCUAAAUAAUUGAUAUUUAAAUGUUUCUUUUAAACUAAUUUCUUGCCAAGAUUACUGGCAGAGUCAUCAUUUCCUAUGAACUACAUCUCAUUCAAAGUUGUCUGUAGAGUGUUCAUUUCUUAAUGUGUUUGGAAAAAUUGAGCUACUGUAUCUGGAUUGUAAUUUUAAGUCUUUUUCUCUAGUAUCAUGCAUGUAUGCUGUAAUAAAUCAUUUUUUGCAAUUUUUUCAACUGGUGCACUUAGACAAUAAAAUAUAUGUGUGCAGCCUUUAAAGGAAAAACAUUCUAUAACCAGCAUUAUUCAGGCUAGCACAUACCUAAGGACAGUGACAUUGACUUACUGUUGGUGGGAUACAUGUCUAUCAGAGAUUUAGGAGAGAAGUUGAGCAAAAUAUGUGCAAGUUCUGAAGGAAAAUGUUGUGCUCACUGGAAAUUUGAGGGGGAAAGGAGUUCAUUCAGGAGCGUUAACAAUCAGUGAUAAACCUCAAACACCAAAGCUACCUCACCUAGCACAACAAUUUUACUCUGUCUCUUGAAACUAUUUUACGCCACCAUGAUUGAAAAAUUGGGACUAAAACUCCCAAAGACCCACUCCAAUAAAAAUCUAAUUUUUAGGUGUUUUUAACAUUUUCUGGUGGCAUUUUUCUCACGAUGGAGGACACAAUAAUAUAAUUUUUGAGUAUUCUUUAAUUCAAAUUGUUGCGAUUCAAGAACAAUACAGGAACAAUUUUUCCACUAUUUUUUUUUUUUUUAAGCUGGAGCUCCGUGUAUGACCCACUGGGCAACUGCAUUGCUUCACUAGGUCUUAUAUGAGCCACUACAAAGUAUCGCAAUCUGCGUUUUUAUAAGUAACUGGCAGCAUGCAGUUUCAGUUCGGUACCAAUCCCAAGUAAAAGAUAAAUAAUACAUGUCUUAUAACAACAAAAACCACAAGGCUGACUGAACAUUUAACACAUCGUGAGAUCUUGGUGUUGUUUUGGUCACGGUGUAGAGCUGCUCAAAAAGGCUCAGUGUGCUGUGCUGCCAACUAGUGGUCGGAGGUUUAGGUGGAAAACAAAACUUAAAGAUCCUUACAAAUAAUUAAUUAUUAUGUUGUCAGCAUUUUAAAUCAAUAAAAGUAUCACCAAAUACUAAAUCGCUAAAUUGAUUAUUUUCCCCUAAACCUCAACUAAAAACGACAUAAUUUAUCAUUUAAAGACCACUGGAAAUGCUUUGAAAAUAGACAAAAGGUGAUUGGAGUGGGACUUUAGAAGUUUGUGCAUCCAAAGAUGUUCUGAAAAGCUACAUCAACUAAAAUGGAAGAAGUAAUUGAGUUACCCACCUUUUAAAAGCACCUAUUUGUGCAUUUUUGUCUUUCACACCAUGUAAUUAAGUUUAUAAUCACAGCCUCUCUGAUUAUUUCCUGCCAACACAAGAAAUGUAUUUGAUUUCUCCUCACUUUUCCUGUUUUAUUGUUUUCUUUCUGUUCAAAAUCAUUAAGCUUUUCAAGGCAACCCUCCAGUUUAUGAUUUUACAAGAGCAAACGAUGUUUAACAGCUGAUCUCAGGUAAAAUUGCAUUUGCUGGAUGUGAUUAAAGGCUUGAACUAA